UCUAUUUAUUGGCUCGAUUUCAGGUUUCACAUCUACACCGCCACAACAACCAGCAACAGCCGCAUCCGCUGGAGCCGAUAGAACCCCAUCACUAUCCCGCGACGCAACGAAAUUUCCAACCCCGAUCCGGCAACAAACACGGGAAACAUUCCGGUCCGAAUUCCAACACCCACACCCAUCCCUCCAGCGGUUACAACAACUACUCCAGUCAACAGCCACGGCCGGCACCGAAAGCCCUCGACUACCAGAAACAGUUGCUGAACAACCAUACCGGCCCGAUUGGGAUACUCAAAAACAACACCAACAGCAGCAGCAGCACCAGUGGUGGCGGCGCCGGUGGAACCACCCACUCCAAACGGCGUCCACUCAUCUACGAUCUGAAACAGUAUGAGUAUUUCAACAACGCCACCACCUACAAGCAUCCGCCUCACGCGCCAAUUGUCAAGAACACCAACAGCGUGCUCCAGCAGCACUACAGUGGCCAGAACUACAACAUCAACUACAAUCUGAAUUUUACGAAAAAUCAAUACAACAUACUCAUAUCGCCACCAACAACGACGACGACGCCCGGCCUCGGAACCGCAGCGCCCCCCUACGACGAGAACAAUCACUACAGCGGCCACUAUCAGUAUCAGAACAACGUCAGUAGAAACUACAAGAACAACUAUCAUAGCACCAGUGGCAGCGCCACCAAUCAUCCCUACCAUCACAACAUCUACAACAACUACAAUCACUAUCUUAGCAAUCAACACCAACAGCAGCAGCAGCAGCAGCAGCACCACCAUCAAACCAAGUCGUCCUACUACCAGGACGAGAAGCCACCGCUCUUGGGCACCGGUGAUACCGACGGUGGUGGAAUUGGCAUCGGAAAAAUGCAACGCGAAGAGAUUAUCAUCGAACACAGUCAGCUGGUUGGAGACAGAAGUGGACCAGGCGCUGUCAUACAUCCCGCUGCACCACCCGCUGGACGGGAACCGUGCGGGCCGGGAGGACAGCCACUACUAGGCGGGAAGGGCGGUGGAGGUGGCGGCGGGAAACUGACCGCCAUCAACCGGACGCAUCAUUUCACGCAGAUAAUCGCAGCCCUCGCCGUAUCGAUCGGACCGCUGGCGGCCGGUCUGGGGAAGGGCUAUCCGAGCCCUGCCAUUGCCAGCCUGCAGGAGCUUCAGCUGCGCCAACGGGGCAACUAUACGGCCUUCUCCGUCAACGACCAGCAGGCGAGCUGGAUUGCAAGUCUUUCACUUUUGGGUGCUCUUUUCGGUGGCAUGUUCGGCGGCGUGGCCAUGCAGUACGGCCGCAAGCGGGUGCUGGCGUUGAUGUCGCUCCCGUUCUCCCUGUCCUGGAUCCUGACGGUGUUUGCCAAAUCGGUGGAAACGAUGUUCUUCACCGCCUUCGUCGGGGGCUUUUGCUGUGCCAUCGUGUCGACCGUGACCCAGGUGUACAUCAGUGAGAUUUCCUCGCCGGACAUCCGGGGCUUCCUGAGUGCAAUCCAGAAGAUCGCCGGCCAUCUGGGGAUGCUGAUUUCGUACAUGCUCGGUGCCUAUCUGGACUGGCGGCAGCUGGCGAUGCUGGUGUCGGCGGCGCCGAUUAUGCUCUUCAUAUCUGUGAUCUAUAUACCGGAAACGCCGAGCUUCUUAGUGUUAAGAGGUUGCGAUGAGGAGGCUCAUCGCUCACUUCAAUGGCUUCGGGGUCCACACAAAAACGUAGAGAUAGAACUCGACACCAUCCGAUCGAACGUACGUACAUCGAGAAUCAAUCUGCUGAACCGGAUGUCAACGCUGGCCAGCACCACUUCGGUACCGAACGGCGGCACCACCAGUCAGCAACUCCCCACGCAUCUCCAGGAUCCACAGCAGCAACAGCACCAAAACGGCAAUCGGGUCAGUGCCCGCCUAUCGCAGAUUGUCCGAUCGUGUCAACUGCCGCGGGUCUCCUUCGAUACCGUGGUGUCCAACGUGAAAGCCGUUAUGCGCAACGCUCGCCUGGUGAAGCCCGUCUCCAUCACUUGUGGCCUUAUGAUCUUUCAACGAUUUACCGGUGCCAACUCGUUCAACUUCUACGCGGUGACGAUCUUCAGUAAAACGUUUGCCGGCAUGAACCCGCACGGAGCGGCCAUCGCAGUAGGCUUCGUUCAGCUGCUCGCUUCGAUGCUGUCCGGGCUGCUCAUCGACACAGUAGGCCGAAUACCAUUGCUCAUCGUGAGCAGCGUGUUCAUGUCGCUGGCCCUGGCCAGCUUUGGUUCGUUCGUUUACUACGGGCAGACGAACAAGAUGCUCGCAGCGGCGAGCUUCGAUCUGGACGCGCAGAAUGGUAAUAACGACUGGAUACCGCUGUUGUGUGUUCUGGUGUUCACCGUGGCUUUUUCGCUGGGAAUUUCACCCAUUUCGUGGCUGUUGGUGGGGGAGUUGUUCCCCCUGGAGUACAGAGGUAUCGGCAGCUCGAUUGCCACCAGCUUCAGCUACUUCUGCGCCUUCCUCGGUGUCAAGACGUUCAUAGAUUUUCAGGCGGCAUUCGGCCUCCACGGCACCUUCUGGCUGUACGCAUGUAUAUCCUGCGUCGGACUUUUCUUCGUCAUCAUGGUCGUCCCGGAGACCAAGGGCCGCGACCUGGAGGAGAUGGAUCCGAAGUACGUGCGAACCCUGACGAUAAAUCGAUGAGACAUGGGAACGCACGUAGAGUAUCUAGUAUAGUAUUUAAUGGGCCCCUCGCGUGCGCAACAAUCGCAGCUUUCGCAUUCUUCGUUGUUGCUACCUACCUACCUAGUAGAAUCCGCCUCCUUCCGGUAGGAAUUAGCUUUUAUGCGCCGUUGCGCGGUUCGAAGCGAUCUAUAUGCGUGCGUGUGUGCCAUGUUACUUAAAGUUGUUUUAAGAGCAAUGUGAAAGAAGUAGACGAGAAGGAAGUUGAAGAAUGAACGAGUUAGAAGUGACUGAUGAAAGUUGUGAAACGAUAUUUUAAUGUUCCUAAAAAUGCGAGCACUGGACUGUGGAGAUGAGUGCGACGAGUGCAAAUAGUUAUUGUUGUAAUCUAGGAAUACGCAAAUGUUGCUUAUGAUUUAUGUCUAUUAUUUAAAAUUGAAAAAAAACGAGCGAAUGGUAAGUGACUGUUUGUACAUAGAAACGGAAGCGAAUGCGAAAAUGUACUUAGAUAAAAUCAAAAUUUCAAUCAAAUCUAUGACGAUAUGAAUGACUCAAUUGAGAAAAAGAAGCGAAAAUAACACGAAAACCGUAAUACAUAAACAACAAGGGAAAUCUUUCAGUUGGAUAUUUAAUCUUCCGUUCAGAAUUGUCGACAAAACUAAACUAGGAACGAAUACACAACUGUAAAUAUAGGUCCGUUAAACGCACAAAGGAGUAUUGAUAACAAGUAAACACGAGUAGAGCUAAACCGCGAAGGAACUCGAUAUUCACAAAAACAACCCCGUAAGCAUAGUAGAAACGAAUGGAUGCUUUGGCGAUGAGUGUGCUUUCUGUCUCUCCUAGGCUAGCGACCCGGUUUUGACGUGCGCCUGUAGUAGUAGUGAUGCUGUCAUUUGCUUAGAAGACGAAGGAAUGCAGUUCGAAUAGAGUUAUCUCAAUAUUCAAAUGAAUCAGCUUUUGUUCUAUUCCCUAACAUAAAACGAAUCAGGCCAAACAUUUUUGCAGGUCCAAUCUGCAGAAGAGAGGCUCUCUUUGGUUUCCCUUUCUUUCGUUAAUAUUUUAGCUGUUUAUUUGAAUUAUGAUUAUCUCCUUGCAUAGAACGAUGGUCAAAACAAUCGUCUUUUGAUUUGUACUGCAAAAGUAGUUGAAAAGUGUAUCAUUACAUUGUAAUAAUUGAAAGAGAAAGUGAACAAAGAGAGCCUCUCAAAUGCAGAUAGGACCUAUUAAAAUGUUUGGCCUGAAAUACUUCAUGUAAGCACCGUGUAAUGCAUUAAAAAAAUAUGGCGGCUGCUUCUACCUUAAAAGCUCUCAAGAAACAGAACUAGCUGAAUAACAGUUUCUUUAGCUAAAGUUUGCGAGUAGUAUAAAUAGGGUUUCCAACUAUGUACUUUUUGGCACCCGCGUCAAUUCUCGGCACAUCACAGCAAAACAAUUCAAAAUAUCACUUGCCGCAUAUUUUGCAAACGCACUUCCGUAGGUAAUCAUCUCCCACAACAUUUCCGCAACGAGAUCCACAGUCAAUUAACUACACGUUCACUUUGAAGCCGCACAAGUGCUCAAACAACUAUUACACGCAGACGAGUGCACUUCGUCAGCACAAAGAUGGGUGCCGAAGUGAUUCCCCAUUUGAUUUUGCUGGAAGUUCAGCACUGGUGCCGGGAAUUGGCGCUGGACUAGGUGCAGUAAGCUCGUUCAAAAUCAACUUUCCAGCAAAAAAUCUUCACAGCAAUCACUGUUAACAACAAGUUCUCACAAUAAGGUAUCUGAUUCAGAUAGAAGAAGUGGACGAAAAUGGUCAUUUAGAUAUUGAACAAUUUUGUUUACCAGUAGUGCUGGGAAUGGGGUCAAAAACCCUACUUUAGGAAAUUUUUUAAAAAUUUCAAUCUUAUCCGCGAGAUUGCCAUAGCGUACGCGUCAUUUGUGAACCGCCCUCGUUCUUAUUCUCUUACUCAACAUAGAGGAGUUGGUUGAAGUUUGAAGUUUUAUGAAGUAAACGUGUGCGCCGAAGGAGAUUUCAUCAGCAGCGGCGUAUAUAGUAUUUUAACCCCUUCGGGACGACUUUUUUCACCAAACUUGCCGCUGUAGAACGCAUCAGCGAGGUGCAAAUUACCCAACCGUCCUGAAAGGGUUAAGGCGGUGGCGACGCCGGCAUCACGUUGUUCGCCCUAUGCGGUGUUACGUGUAAAUUUACGAAAUCCCACGUCUCUUUUGAGGAUAUUCUUUUCUAAAACUCAUUUUAGACCAGUGUUGUCAUGGUAAAAUCAGAGCUGGUUACUCACUCAAGUUUUUCAAAUUCCAGCACCCCAUAUAUACACGAGUAAACAUCCGGAACCCGAAAUUGGCAAAAUGCGUCAUGAUUGAGCGAUAAAUGUGUGUUUUUAUGUUAUGAAUAUACACAAUGAAAAAUCAUAGUUCAUACCAUAACAUAGCCUCCUCGUUCUAUGCUAUUUGUAAUUAUCAUUUAUGAUUUAGGUUCCAUCAGCAAAAAUAUGAAAACCACUUUCAAUCAAAUGUGAACAAGCUACAAAUGUUGAACUAAAUUAACUUUAAACUGCGUGUUCUAUUUUUUUUUGUAAUUUUCAACUCCGAUAGAAUAAUUUAUGUUGAAUAUGUUGAAAUAAGACGCCAUCAUAGGUAAUGAAAACUUUUUUUUAUGAAAAUCGUAAAGAAUAUCGUCGUUUCGUCAUGAUAUUAUGACUUGUAGUCAUGAUAUCAUCAAGCAUAUGAUAUGACUUUUUCGUCAUGUUUUUGGGAACGGAUUUUUAGCCCGUGUAACGCCACAAGGAAAUUAUUUUAUAAUUGAACCUUAUUCACAUUGUUUGAAUGAUCAGGACGAUAAUUGUUUAGGAUAUGAUUUCUUCGAUUCCUUAAGAAAUUUAGAUUAUUGUUUUUUUUUUUGUUUUAGUUCCUCGAGAGUUACUUAAAUAAUUUUCUCUAUGUAUUCCCUUUGGGUUCUUUUCAUGAAUUCCUCCAGGGAUUGUUUUAGACGUUUCUUCAGGAAUUCAUCUAGAAAACUCUCGAAACAUUCUUCUGUAAGUGAAUCCAGGGGUUGGAUCGUAAACUUCUCUUGGGAUUUAUAAAAACCUAUCUUCAGAGAUUCUUUCAGAAAUUUUCAAGUGAAGUUUCAGAGAUUCUUUCAGGAGCUCCUUCAAAAAUCUUCAGUUUUUGUUUUUUGGCUUUUCUCCAGGAGUAUCCCAAGAAAUUCAUAUAAUUGCUGCACAUCAAUAUCCAGUUUAACCCCUUUGGGACGAAUUUUUUCACCAACCUCGCCACUGCAGAACGCGUCAGCGAGGUGCAAAUGACCCAACCGUCCUGAAAGGGUUAAAUGACAAUGCUUCAGAGAUUCCUUCAAAAAAUUAGGAAUAAUUUUGCCAGUUAGUAGGUAGUUCCUACAAUUAUUUUCUAAAAAACAUUUUUUUAUUAAAUUUCUUUUGGUGAUUGCUUCAAGAAUUCUUCCAUUUGAUUAGAAUUAACACCGAAAAUUCCUCUAGGCAAAUUGCUUUAUGACUUUUUAUCCACAAAUAGCCAUCAUAGGUAAUGAAAACUUUUUUUUAUGAAAAUCGUAAAGAAUAUCGUCGUUUCGUCAUGAUAUUAUGACUUGUAGUCAUGAUAUCAUCAAGCAUAUGAUAUGACUUUUUCGUCAUGUUUUUGGGAACGGAUUUUUAGCCCGUGUAACGCCACAAGGAAAUUAUUUUAUAAUUGAACCUUAUUCACAUUGUUUGAAUGAUCAGGACGAUAAUUGUUUAGAAUAUGAUUUCUUCGAUUCCUUAAGAAAUUUAGAUUAUUGUUUUUUUUUUUUUGUUUUAGUUCCUCGAGAGUUACUUAAAUAAUUUUCUCUAUGUAUUCCCUUUGGGUUCUUUUCAUGAAUUCCUCCAGGGAUUGUUUUAGACGUUUCUUCAGGAAUUCAUCUAGAAAACUCUCGAAACAUUCUUCUGUAAGUGAAUCCAGGGGUUGGAUCGUAAACUUCUCUUGGGAUUUAUAAAAACCUAUCUUCAGAGAUUCUUUCAGAAAUUUUCAAGUGAAGGUUCAGAGAUUCUUUCAGGAGCUCCUUCAAAAAUCUUCAGUUUUUGUUUUUUGGCUUUUCUCCAGGAGUAUCCCAAGAAAUUCAUAUAAUUGCUGCACAUCAAUAUCCAGUUUAAAUGACAAUGCUUCAGAGAUUCCUUCAAAAAAUUAGGAAUAAUUUUGCCAGUUAGUAGGUAGUUCCUACAAUUAUUUUCUAAAAAACAUUUUUUUAUUAAAUUUCUUUUGGUGAUUGCUUCAAGAAUUCUUCCAUUUGAUUAGAAUUAACACCGAAAAUUCCUCUAGGCAAAUUGCUUUAUGACUUUUUAUCCACAAAUAGCUUUCAGACAUUUUUCAAGAAAUUCUAUCAAGAAUUCCUCCAGAAGUAUGUAUUUCAGGGUUUAUUUCAAAUCAUCCUUCAGGAAUCCCUACAGAAAUGUAUUGAGAUUUUUUUCAAGAACUCCUCCAGUAUCUUUGUUUUCACCGACUCUCGAAUGUUUUUUUUUUUCAGAAACUUCUUCAAAACUUAAUUCAGAAAUUUAUCAAGAUUGUUCUUUCGAAAUUUUUUCCUAGAAUUUCAUAAAAUACAUCUGUAAAAAAUCUGAGGAGAAAUAUCUGAAAGAAUUCCAGAGAGAAUCUCUCAAGGAAUCCCAAGUAAUAUUUCCGCAGGAACCGCAGGAGGAAUUCCAAAUAGAAACCUUCUAGACAUUUCUUUGGCGAAAUUUUCCAAGGAAUUCUUGGAGGAACCCUAAGAAGAAUUUCAACGGAAUUGCUGAAAAUCAUCUCAAAAUUCUGAUAAUACAAAAAACAUCUAUGAAAAAAAAUCUGAGGUAGUUUAUUGCUAACAUUAAUGAAGAACUCAUUGAACUACCGAAGCAGUCUUUAGUGACAUUUCUGAUAGAUUUCCUGAGUAAAAUUUGAAUCGAAUCCAUAAAAAAAAUUCUUAAAGAUCUUUUGAUGGAAUUUCUGAAAAAAAGUAAAAGUGAAAGAAUCACGAGAAAUUCCUGAAAAAAAUCAAGGAAAAGUUGCUAAAGAAAUUUCUGGAAACUCUUCUUCAGAAACUCUUGGUGGAAUUUCUAUAAGAAUUUAUUAAUAAAUGUUUUGGAAAAUUCUUAGAGAAAUCUCUUACCAAAACUCAUGGAGGAUUUUCUAUAAGAAUUCGUGAACGUAUUUUUAAAGGAAUCCCUGGAAGAAUGUGAUGAGAAACUCUGAAGCUUAUGUGAAAUUUCCAAAAGAAUUUAUGUAAAACUUCUGAAUAAAUUUCUGAAAGAAUCCGAGUGGAACUUUCUAGAGGUAUCCUUGGAGGAAAUCCAGCUACCUAUAUAAUAUAGUAAUCUUUUUAUGAAUUUCUGCAUAAACCUCUGGAAAAAUAUCUGAUAGAAUCACUAAACAAAAUCACAAAAUAAUUUCUGGAGAAUCCCCUGGAGAAAAUUAUUGGAGAAGUCCUGAAAGAUUUUUUUAAACAAUCGAUAGAGAAAUUCCUAAAAGAACCUGGAAAUUUUAUGGAGAAACUUAAGGCAUCCCAAAAAAAUAUGUCUCUAGGAAUAUUGGGAAAUUUUUGAAUAAAUCCCUGGAGAAAUUUCUGAACUCUUGAUUCAAAAAAUUAAACACUGUUAGAAUGUCUGGAAUUCAUGGAAUCCCCGGAAAAUUUUCAGAAAUAAUCCAUGAAGGAAUUUCUUAGGCAUAGAAGGUUUUCUAGAAGAAUUCUUGGUGAAAUUUAUGGAGGAAUUUUCGAAGAAAAUUUCAUAGAACAUAUUCCUUCAUUUGUAAGUUGCUAUAAAAAUCUUUCAAUGAGAUAUGCCAAGAAUAUAUAAGAAAAUGUGUUUUCGGACCUAAUGAAAAUGCCGUCAAAAACAUCUAAUUUCACCUGUAGGUAUGAAAAUAAGGGAAAACUAUAAAUAGGCUUGUAGCUAGAUUAAAUAAAAGAGAGGCCUGUGGAGUGGAAAACAAGCCUCCCUGUUUAUUUUAUACUUUCAACAAUUCCAACUGUGGUUCUAAUAGAAAUUAGUUUAAAAUUUAAUUUGAUCUUUUGAGAAUUUGGUUGGGACUUCCACAUAACUUUCUCGAAGACCUUUACAAAAACAAAAACUCAAAGAGAUUAUUUAUUUCAGAAAGAAAUUUACAGCGUCUUGACGGAAGUUCCUGUCACGACUUUUUUGGAUUUUUUAGGAGUUUUUCUCAGAAUUUUAUGCUAAGAUUAUUCCUGGAACUCCAAUAUCGAGGAUUUUUUCGAGCAUUUUUAGGAACUUCUCCAAGGUUACUUUUGCAAUUCCUAUCCGAUCCCUUUCAGGAUUUUCUCAAGAAUUUCUCCAAUAUUGUUUACGAAACCAUCUUCAUAAAUUUAGGAUUUUUCCUAAAAAUGAAGUUCCAAGAUUUAAGAGAGUUUUAACAGGAAUUGCUCUGAAGAAGUGGUUCCUGGAUAUUACCCAAGUUUUUAUCAAAGAUUUUGUCUUAUAUUUCUUUGAGAAUUACUGAAAGAAUUCCCCAACGACUAAAUAAAUUUCUACGAGAAUUUAUACAAGAUUUCUUUCAGAUAUUUUUCAGAUUGUAAUCCUAUUUUUGCAGAGAAUUCUUUUAAGGAUUCCUGAGGUUUUUUUUGAGGGUUCUUCCAAAGAAUCCACUAGUUAGUUCAACGAUUUUUUGCCAGGGAUUCCUCUUGAAACGUCCGAAAGAAUUAUUCUAAAGAUUCUCCCAGAAAUGUCUUUGAGUAUUAGAUCAAAAAACCUCCGAAAAAAUCCUUACCUAAGAAAUCCUCCAAAAUUUUAUUCGAGAAGUUCCUCAGAAAUUGAAUCUUCUGUCCGAGGGGUACUUAAAAUUUCUCCUUUAGAAGUGCAUUCGAGGAUUCGGCACCGAAAUCAUUCCGAAAAUUCAUGUGAUCCCAUUUGAAAUUCCUCCGAAAAUUCCUUCAUGAAUUUCCAAGGAUUCCUGCAAAAAUGCUUUAAUGGAUACUUCUAUAUUCAUAUAGGAAAUUUUAUAAGUAAGAUCAAUUGCAUCUUCAACAAGAAUACUUGAAAUAAAGUACAUGAAAAAAAAAAUGUAGAAUCCACCUUUUCAAUACAUAAAAAAGAACCUUAACUACGUAGACAGACCCUUGAAAUCUUCCAAGGUUUCCUGCUGAUACUCCUCCGAUGUUUCAUCUAAAAAAAUCUGCUCUUGGAAUUAAUUUAAGAAAGACUCUUCCAGGAGAUGUGUCAAAGAUACCUCCAGAAGAUUUUCAAAGUGUUUAUCAAUGAACAUUUCCAAAAUUUUUGCCACAAAUAUCUCCAAGGAUUGUUACGGAAUAUUAUUAUAAGAUUUCUCUUGAAAUUCCUUAGAAAAUAUCUUCAGAAAUUUAUCUACCAAUACCUCAAAUUCUCCAAUAUUUGUCCUGGAAUUCCUCCGAACAAACUAUGAAGACUUUUCUAGAAAUUUCUACGAAAAUUACUCCAAUGAUGCUUUCUUCUAAGAAUUUCAAUACAAACUCAUUUCUUUUCCUGGAUUUAUUGCCGGAAUUCUCAAAAAUAUCUGCCAGCAUUUUGUUUUGUUUUCCAAAGAAUAUUCUGAAAUAAUUAUUAUGGAGACUUCUACGAAACCUGCAAAGUAUACCUAUCAAAAAGCUCGGUGGGAUUCCUAAGAAAAUCUAGGUGCAUUACUUGGUGAAAUUAGAAAAAAAAAAUCUAGAAAGUAAUAGCUUAACCCUGGAACAGGACGAAUCAAUGUUGUACUUGCUGAAAAAUUUCUAGAAUAAUUCCAGGAAUCUUACCAAAAUAAAAGUGGGCGACCGUACGGGAUUGGGCCGAAGGGUCCCAGAUUUUCAUGAAACUUUUUCCACAGGCAGGGCUCAUGGAUAUAUAAACAAAAAAAUUGAGAAAAAUUCAGAGUGAAAAAUCAUAGCUCAAGAACGAUGCGUCGUAGAAACAAAGUUGUUUUAGAAAUAAUAGGAAAUUUUCUCAGGAGUCCAAAAAAAAUGAACUGGAAAAAGUUUUCCACAAAAUUUUCCACCCUUGGGGGAAUUCAUAAAGAAAAACCCGAAAAAACAAUGCCCGAACUUGUAAAAAAAAUAUCAAAAAAAUAUUUUUGAGAAGGUUAUUCCAUAAGCAUUGAUCACUGAAAUUUUUGGAAUGCACUAUUUGUUUUGCUUUUAGGUUAUGGACAAUUUUGUUGGAAAAUGUCCAAAUGUGUCAUAUAAGCCUUUUCUUUGAAAAAUCAUAACUCAAGAACGAAGCGUCGUAGAAACAAAGUUUUUUUUAGAAAAUGAAAGGAAAUUUUCUCAGGAAUCCAAAAAAAAAUGAAAAGGAAAAAGUUUUCCACAAAAUUUUCCAUCAUUGAGGAAAUUCAUAAAGAAAAGUUAUCCGGCUAUGCCCGAACUCGCGGAAAAUUAAAAAAAAAUUGAGAAGGUAGUUUCAGAAGUUUUGAUGACUGAAAUUUUUGGAAUCCACUUGGUUUUCGUUCUUGAGUUAUGGCUAAGGAGCGAACCAACCCUUCCCCCCCUCUAAGUUGGCGCCUAUGCUUUUAACUGUAGCCCCGAAAGUUUCAGAACAAUGUUUCCAAACUGUUUCCAACUAGAGGAAUUUCUUCAAGGAUAUAAUCGACUCGUAAAAUGGACUAUAAAACCACUUCUAAGCAUCGUCGGAAAAGUUUUUUUUUUAUUACAAGGUAUCACUGUUUGAACUGCACUACUUCGUCAUAUCACCGUGCCAUACCCAUCGUUCAGCUUCCUCAUAGUAGAAAAUGGUCAAUUAUAAAACGAACGUUAUCCUCUGCUUUGCCCUCGAAAGCCCAUUAAAUACUAUAGUGGAAAUCGUGUAGCGUGCAAUGUCAACAUAAAUUAGACAAACAAAAAACCAAUUGGACCUGUAAAAUACGCAAAAUUUGUGCAACAUACCAACUAAGAAGGAAAUCGAAACAUCAAAUUUAAUAAACAAAAAGAGUCCUUUUCGAUAGCGACAAUAAUUUAUAAAUACACACAUAAAAUCAGAUCAAUUAGACACAUGCUCGGUCUCGGAGGAGACAUGAGACUUUAGAAACCACUACUAGAGUGGAAGCUAGUGAUUAACCAGGGGUCGUUUGUAUUAUUUGUAGAACAAGAGAAAACCUUUUUUUAUACAAUUCAAACAGUUUAUACGACAAAAUACGACUAAUUGUGGAGACAUCAGCAGCUGAGUCAAUCUUUAGGUAACAGUAAAGUAUAAAACCGAUACAGUACUUGAUCACCAGCGCUUAUGUACAGUUCAAUUAUUUAUUUGUAUUGAUGAAACUUCAGUCGAACAUCUAGGAUAAUAACGUAAAAGAUCUAAAACAAAAUAACAUGCUUGAAGAUAACAAUAGACACCUGUUUUACUAGCCAUUUAAAAAAAGAAACAUAGUUUCUAGAUUUCACAAGUAAGUAAAACUAACAAACGACUAAAUUUUAUUAUAAAAUAGCAGCAGACAGGUUGUUUCAAUUUUCUAUAGCUUUUUUACCAGGUGUAACCACAGGCAAACCCAAUUUACACAGUUCAACUUAACAUAUCGUGUGUAUGACAGAUUUGUUCCCUUUCCAAUUGAGAAUCAUAAAACGAGUACAAAAUUGAUCCCGUAUAUCAUUUAGCUAACCGACAAACUUUUGGGACUAUCGAAUCAUAUCCUCCUAGUAGCACGAGAGUUGCAUUUUAUUCUGUUCAGUCGGAUGUGCUGAAGCAUUUUUUAUCCUCGUAAACAUUUAACGGUAGCUGAACAAACCUGAGAGUAGCAGUCAGUCAAAAUGGAUGGCCGAAAAUAAAAAAAAAAACGAAAACGACAAUAAAAGUAGGUGUAAAUUUAGCAGAUGAUAUUACUAACGACACACUGUCAUAUCAUGACAAUAACUAGAGUUAAAAAUUUAAAAAAAAAGUAAGGUGAUCCGGUGUCGACGGAAAUAAUGUUUAAGUGCGCUGGAAUGUAUGGUUAUUGCAUUUAAAGUGGAGACGUUGUACUUUAUCGAGAGAACAAAAAAAAUAUUAGGGACAUUUUUUAUAUACAAAAACAUAAACUAAUCUAGAAUCGAGUACUUUGAAUAAGCAGAAAAGUGAAAUCAAAACAAUUAAAAGAAAACGAGAAAGUCGUUUGAACGCUUUAACGUCGCUAGAUUAAUUUUUGCUAGAAGAAAAUACUUAAAACUAACAAAACAAUAUAAUCUUUAGCUUUGCUAAAAUCCAACUUAAGCCAACUCAGAUUGAGACGAAAGAUGUUUGAACAUAUAAAUAAUUAAAAAAAAGUCUAUAUUUAAAAAAGUUUAACGAACAAAGUAGAACGCAAUUAAAACUGUUUCUAAUCUUCUGAUUUUAUCUUAAAAAAUGGCAAAAACACACAUAUAAACAAAAAAACACUAUCUAACGAAAACCUAAACGUGAGAAUGUUCUUGUUGGACUGUUUUCCAGAUUUUAUUCCAGGAUAUGAGCGAACUAUUAGGGAAACGCAGAAAUAAAAAAAAUCGUUAAUCGGUAAUUAUACUCUCAGUAUUUUCCGUCAUUUAGCAGCUAUCUGAAACAAUAACAAAUGGGACUAAUGUAGAACAGCAAGAAAGGUGUAGAUCCGUAGGAAACAAGGGACACUUUGAUUUUCGAUAGCUUGUUAUCACUGUGUAAUGCAAUUCGUAGACUAUUGUUUCAUAUUAUUUAUAAACCUUUCGUGGGUAACUUUGGUUGCAAUCUUUCGUGAUAACUACUUUCGUAAUACUUUACUUUGAAUAAGACAAAUUAUUUACUUAAAAUAUAAUUUCACCUCUGCUGUAGGUUACGCAUUGAUAA